UGCUAUGCACAGAACGUUCUGGAGGUGAUAUAAAAGAACUCGGCUCCAACCAAGUACCAGUCGGGAAGUGUGUACCAGACGACGUAAACUUGCUGAGAGUGAAGCAACGAACCUCUGUCGUGUUCAGUGUAUCGCACAGUAACGGUGAUUAUUUACUCGGACAAGUUUACAUCGCCUGUGAUCACGCCAACAGAAUUCGAGAGUCAUUUCCUGUAUUUCCUCCUUCCCCCUUUUUCCCUCAUUUCUUCCUCCCUCCCCUCCUAUACAAAGAAGUACUUACACACUGAUGAACACACGCCAUGUUCUACUAGUCAACCAAGACCAGUUUAACACUACACAGUUUCUACUUACGAAGUAAUAUGUUGUUAAUAACCACUAGUCAUCUCUCUUCUACUCACUACUCAACUAAGUAUUACUUUCAAAAGGGGUAACAGAUCAAAAAGUUCAAUUACACAACCAUUAGCGAUUAUUUCCCAAAGUGGUGACUCACCCACUACACAAUCAUUUCGGAAUAUUUCCUAUGUGGUAAUCCAUCUACCCAGUAUCCGCUACACAACCAUUUAGGAGCAUCAUUUCCUUAGUUGUAACCCACUCAGUAAUCACUACAUAACCAUUUAGGAGCAUUUCCUAAGUGGUAACCCCACUCAAUAUCCACUACACAACCAUUUAGGAGCAUUUCCUAAGUGGUGACCCCACUCAAUACCCACUACACAACCAUUUAGGAGCAUUUCCUAAGUGGUGACCCCACUCAAUAUCCACUACACAACCAUUUAGGAGCAUUUCCUAAGUGGUGACCCCACUCAAUAUCCACUACACAACCAUUUAGGAGCAUUUCCUAAGUGGUAACCCCACUCAAUAUCCACUACACAACCAUUUAGGAGCAUUUCCUAAGUGGUGACCCCACUCAAUAUCCACUACACAACCAUUUAGGAGCAUUUCCUAAGUGGUGACCCCACUCAAUAUCCACUACACAACCAUUUAGGAGCAUUUCCUAAGUGGUAACCCCACUCAAUAUCCACUACACAACCAUUUAGGAGCAUUUCCUAAGUGGUGACCGCACUCAAUACCCACUACACAACCAUUUAGGAGCAUUUCCUAAGUGGUGGCCCCACUCAAUAUCCACUACACAACCAUUUAGGAGCAUUUCCUAAGUGGUGACCCCACUCAAUAUCCACUACACAACCAUUUAGGAGCAUUUCCUAAGUGGUGACCCCACUCAAUAUCCACUACACAACCAUUUAGGAGCAUUUCCUAAGUGGUGACCCCACUCAAUAUCCACUACACAACCAUUUAGGAGCAUUUCCUAAGUGGUAACCCCACUCAAUAUCCACUACACAGCCAUUUAGGAGCAUUUCCUAAGUGGUAACUCCACUCAAUAUCCACUACAUAACCAUUUAGGAGCAUUUCCUAAGUGGUGACCCCACUCAAUACCCACUACACAACCAUUUAGGAGCAUUUCCUAAGUGGUGAGCCCACUCAAUAUCCACUACACAACCAUUUAGGAGCAUUUCCUAAGUGGUGACCCCACUCAAUAUCCACUACACAACCAUUUAGGAGCAUUUCCUAAGUGGUGACCCCACUCAAUAUCCACUACACAACCAUUUAGGAGCAUUUCCUAAGUGGUGACCCCACUCAAUAUUCACUACACAACCAUUUAGGAGCAUUUCCUAAGUGGUGACCCCACUCAAUAUCCACUACACAACCAUUUAGGAGCAUUUCCUAAGUGGUGACCCCACUCAAUAUCCACUACACAACCAUUUAGGAGCAUUUCCUAAGUGGUGACCCCACUCAAUAUCCACUACACAACCAUUUAGGAGCAUUUCCUAAGUGGUAACCCCACUCAAUAUCCACUACACAACCAUUUAGGAGCAUUUCCUAAGUGGUAACUCCACUCAAUAUCCACUACACAACCAUUUAGGAGCAUUUCCUAAGUGGUGACCCCACUCAAUACCCACUACACAACCAUUUAGGAGCAUUUCCUAAGUGGUGGCCCCACUCAAUAUCCAAUACACAACCAUUUAGGAGCAUUUCCUAAGUGGUGACCCCACUCAAUAUCCACUACACAACCAUUUAGGAGCACUUCCUAAGUGGUGACCCCACUCAGUAUCUGCUACACAACCAUUUAGGAGCAUUUCCUAAGUGGUGACCCCAUUCACUAUCCACUACACAACCAUUUAGGAGCAUUUCCUAAGCGGUGACCCCAUUCACUAUCCACCACACAACCAUUUAGGAGCAUUUCCCAAGUGGUGACCCCACUCACUAUCCACUACAUAACCAUUUAGGAGCAUUUUCUAAGUGGUGGUCCACUCAUUAUACACUACACAACCAUUCAGGGUCAUUUUCCUAAGUGGUAACCCACUCAUUUCUCACCAUACAACCAUUUAGGGUUAUUUCCUAAGUGGUUAAACGCUUUCCACUCCACCACUAAGAUUGCUACUUAAUUGUUAACUUCAGCACCCACCACGUACAGGCAUUCUACACACGACAUUUCAUACUAUAUUUCUACCAAGUUACGCAACUCUUGCUUCAACUGCCCGAGACAAUUACAUUCGUUUUCUCACACGAUACCUCUGUGGUGCCUACUCCUUUUAACGUAUAUACACCCACCGUGAGAUACUCGCCCUUGUGUAAACACAAAGGUAUAAGCUAAGAUACUAGGUCUCCAAGGAAUUAUUUGAAAACAAAUUCUUUCAUCUUAACUACAUCCCCCCCCCAUCCCACGUCCAACAUGGCUCCUCCUUAUUCCGCUGGCAUCUUGGCACGUUCUCUGGUCCGAGUGACAGGCAGUGGCAGAGGAAACCCUCAAGACAGCGUUCUAUGCGACCUAUCCCGAGUGUCAAGUCUAGCUGCCUCGGUUCCUAUGCCUAGAAACCUUCCUCCGGCGCUGCUUCGCCCGCCGGGUGAAUUACCCGUUGACUCUCUGCGCAAUCCUCGCCUCGGAACAAGUACCCAGCAUGAGCAACAAACAACGGUUCACCCAGCAGAAGUUGCCAGUGGUCAGCGAAAGCGACCCAGAUCUCAGGCUUUCCCAGACGACGAGACUUACUCAGGCUCCAAGAUUAGCAAGCCUGAUGAGGUCUUCUCUAAGAGCCAGAUGAAUCAAUUAUCCUCUGUACCAGUGAUACAAGCUGGGUUACAGAACCUUCAGCAGACUAGGCCAACACCUCAAGUGGUCGAACAGAACCACCUCCAGAUCAAUCCAGCACCUCGGGUGAUCGUGGCACAGAACCCCCUUCAGCAGACGACUUCAGCACCUCAGGUGCUACUGGUACAACAAAACCAAUCCCAGCAGACCACACCUGCAUACCAGGUAUUCAUGGUACAAUUACCAUCCGUCUCUCAAAACCAAGUUCAACAGGCCAGACCAACACCCCAGGCAGCAAUGACACAGAUACAAAACCUACUUCCACAUACCAGCACAGUACCCAAGGUUGUAGUAGCACAGCUACAAAACCUACUUCCACAAACCAUCACAUUGCCCCAGGUUGCUGUAGCACAGCAACAGCCUCUCCAACAGAACAACUUUGCGCCCCAGAUAAAUCCAGAAGCAUUACAAGCCAUUCAAGAACAGCUCCAGGCUUUUUCUCCUAGCCUCGGGAGAUGCAUCUCGCUGAGUGAAGUAGUGGAAGAGUCUAAACAACUGAGAGAAGAAAAUGAUACGAUGCGUAAACAAUUGUCUCUCUUCAGGCAGUUGUUCCAAAACAAGGAAAGACUGGCUUCCGUGGCCAAGAGACUGGGUGUUGCAGUUGCUUAGGACUUAAUAAAAAAAAUUUUGCUCCAUAAAAAAACAGGCUGUGACUAUUAUCCUAAUUUUGUAGUUAGGAUUUUUUUUUGCUAAUAAUUUUAAUAAAUUUACUAAAUAUGAAAAUUAAUAAUGUAAAAUUAUGAAGUAAAAAAGCUUAAUAUAUUUUACUUAACCUGUGUAAUUUUUUUUUACUAUCAUUCUCGUUAAAACUUACCAACCCACGACGUUUCCUGUUAGGUCACGUUUCAAUGAAAUUAAUUGUUUACUGUAAUUUAUUGUUUUUUUUUUUCAAAAUAAACCUUUUGAAUUUCAA